UCAUUUUUAUGAAUAGAAAAAGCAGUUUUAUACAAUGUUACCCUUGCUUGUACUGUGCAUCAUUUUUUCAAGUGAUCAAUAUGGAAUGCAUGCUAUGAUUGAUGGAGAAGAAGAUAGAAUCCCGACAGAUAUAGAAAUUCCAGUACCAAUUCAAAGUGUAUCAGGAGGUCGACUAUCACUCCCUUGUGAUAUUACUUCCCCAAUACUAGACGACGAAGUGUAUCUUGUCCUCUGGUAUAAAGACGACGUAGCCAACCCAAUAUACAGUCUAGACGCCAGAAGAGGUCAUUUAGGUCAAGCAAGACACGCAACCAACGACAUUCUUGCAGGACGAGCAUACUUCAGUUCUGUGCCACAGCCGGCCGUUUUACAAGUUGACAGGGUGACCCAGGAUGAUGAAGGCAUUUAUCGAUGUCGAGUAGAUUUCAAAAAAGCUAGAACGCAACAUUCAUCUUUGGUGGUAACCAUUGUGGUUCCACCUAAAAUACCUAUCAUUAAGGAUUAUAAUGGAAAAGUACUCAGCGGAGUCAUUGGGCCUUACAACGAAGGUGAUAAUUUACAUCUUAUCUGCCAAGUGGAAGGAGGUAAUCCAACUCCAUCUUUGUUAUGGUGGAGAGGACGAAGAAUUAUCGAUGACAGCUAUGAAGUGACUGGUCAUGAAACAACACGAAAUGAAAUUUUUAUUGAAAAACUACAACGCAAGGAUCUCAUGACCACUUUGACGUGCCAAGGAAGCAACAACAAAAUUUCACCGCCAGUAGAAGCAUCUAUAACGUUAGACAUUAACUUUAGGCCACAGUCCGUCCAUGUGAAAGGCAAGAGGAAAAAACUUUCAGCUCAAAAACUGUCCCAAUUCGAGUGCGAAGCCAAAGGAUCUCGACCACCUGCUACAAUAUCGUGGAGAAAAGGGAGUUUCAAGCUCAAAAACACAGUUGAAAGAGUGUCUGCUCAGGGAAACAUCACCACAAGCACACUGACCAUCACACCAACAAGCGACGACAAUGGAAAAUUUCUGUACUGUCAAGCGGAUAAUGCAGCCAUUCCGGGAAGUGCGAUCGAGGACGGAUGGAAGCUAGAUGUACACUAUGUACCACAACUGAAUCUUAGACUCGGAAGCAAAUUAAGACACACUAACAUUAUAGAGGACAGUGACGUAUAUUUUGAGUGCAAUAUACGAGCGAAUCCAUGGGUUUCGGAAACUGGUUGGAGGUUUGACGGAAAUGAGCUUCAAAACAAUAUGUCUUCAGGCGUUAUCCUAAACAACCAGUCCCUGGUUUUACAGAAAGUCAGCAAAAGUCACAGAGGAAGAUACAGUUGCAUUGCAACCAAUAAUGAAGGACAAGGGGAAAGUAAUCACGUUUAUCUGCGAGUACAGUAUUCUCCUAUAUGUAAAGAAUACCAAGAUGCCAUUUACACAACUCCAUUAAAUUAUCCAGUUCAAAUUCCAUGCGAAGUCGAAAGUGAUCCUGAAGAAGUCACUUUCUUUUGGGAGUUCAAUGGCACGUCUUCCAGCGGAGAGUCGCUAAUGAGUCAAACUCAUGGUUCUGGAUUGCAAAGUUUUCUCACGUACACUCCACGGACGGAAUCGGACUUUGGAACCCUGUACUGCUGGGCGAAGAACACGGUUGGAACACAGAAGAUUCCAUGCACAUUUUUUGUGAUUCCUGCAGAACCUCCAUCGCAAGUCUACAACUGUUCUGUGGAAGAACAAGGAGAUACUUUUGUCCGAAUCCUCUGCAAUGCCACGGAACAAGUCAGUGAAGAAAUGGAACAUUCCUAUGCCAUGGAAAUUAUCGACGGAGACGAUAUAGUGUACAAUGCUACCAGUCGAACUCCCCAAUUCUUAGUUCUUGAUCUCAUACCAGACAAUUCAUACAUAGCGUAUAUUUACAUCAACAACGCAGCUGGAAGGAGCAAGCCGACCGUUAUACAUUUCAAAACGGACAGUCCACCUUUUAUAAGUAGCCAGGAAGAAGAAAUAUGGAAUUUAGAAGAGAGUCCAAUCAUAUUCGUUGCUGCUGCUAUUGGAGGAGGUUUUCUAAUAGUUGCCUUAAUAAUCAUUUGUUCAGUAAAAUUUCAUCAUAAGAAAAGACAACGAAAAGAUUCUCUCUCUGGUCAAGGAAAUGAAAAAUCCGCGCACAAUUCAGAAAAAUCUUGUGAUUCUUGCUCAGAGGGUUGCACUUGCUCUUUGCGAGAUGAAGAAAAAAUAAGAGAAAACAUCCCGGAUGUUGUGGUCUUCAGUGAAAAGGCAAAAUCUGAAGAAGCAGAAAGGUUAAAAUCGUUUUCGCAGAGAAGUCCAUAUUGGAGUCCCAUCACAUUACCAGGGGAUCCAGAAAAAUCAUCUCAUUCCAAAGUACAGGGUGUCGAAAACGCUCCUCCUUGGUCAACGGACUGGGUGAUACCACCUCAGCCAGUAGAAAUGGUUACUCUACAGUUCCAUAAAUCAACGACUUCUGUCGAAGAGAGUGGGAAAAAACACGAAAGGCAAUCAAUGCCUCUACAAACGCUCUCCACCAUUCCUGAAGGUGCUAAUGCCAUGAUGAGCACGUCAUCUACAAGCUUUUCUCCGCUACCAGUGUCCUGUGCUAAACAGACGGAUGUCUGACAUGGAUUAUCCACUUUCUAAAGAAGAAAGUGAAGAUUGUACAAGUUGAGCUGACACUGAGAAUAUUAGUGACUUUUGAAAUGAUGCUGUGGACACUUGUUGCAUAAACUUUAAAAGAGCUAUUUGUAUCUAUGAAAAGUUAAAUACGUUAAUUUUAAGUGACUAUAUCAACUUACGAAUAGCUUAUUCAGUGCGAGUUUGGUAUUUUGGUCACGUUGCACUUACUGAAGAAUAUUUUAUACUUGUUAAUUUAUAUAAAGACUAUGGUAACAGGAAAAACUUCCAAAAUGUAAAAAUGAUCUUGUAUAUUUCUAAAAAGAUACUAUAUACAAUAAAUAUUUAAUUUGAGUGAACUUUAUGAGAUAAUUCUCAUGCAAAAGUUACCGUUUUAUUUGUUUUAACUCAAAGCUUAAAAUAUAACAUUGCUUAAUAACAAAAUGUGGAGAUGGAUUCCAGAAAUAAUAUUGUUUGUAAAAGAAUUAAGUAAAUGUACUUGAAGUAGAAAAUUCACUAUUGCUUAAUUUUUUCCACGAAAAGAGAGAUACUCAAAUUUUUGUUGAGUAUUAAAGUAUUCGAAUAACGAAAAAUAUUUUGGCUAUCAAAAUACACUAUUUCCAGUGCAAUUACGCACUAAAAUGCCAAAUUGAUACUAUUAACAGUUAAAUUUCCUUUCUUAAAUGUUGCUAAGGUUUUAUCGCUUACUUCUUUCAAAAUAAGGAAAGUAAUUUGUAUAUUAUGUUGAAAUUUUUUUAAGUUAUGCUGAUUCAAACACGUGGGAAAAAGCACAAAAUUCGUUACUUUAGAUCAUACUAAUAUCGAGCGUUUUUGUUUAGGGUGCUGUUUCAGCGACAGCUACUGUGGUUCACGGCAUUUCCUUCGAACAUUAUAGUCACUUGAUAAAAUAAGCGUGAGAGAACGCGAUUUGCAAGGUCUAUUUGUUACAUUUGUACAGCCAAUAAACUACCAAAACCAAAUGUUUUAGGUUAAACACAUGUUUAAUACCGCUCAAGCAUAUUUUACAUUUUUAAGAUACUCCUUAAAAAUUAGGUUAAUUAUAUUUUCAUGUUUUGUACAUUAAAAAAUAACAUUGUGAAAAAAGGAGAAAUUUGUAAUUUUUUAGAUUGCAUUUAAGGUUUUUUUUUUAAACAAAAACUAUCAAAAAUUCUAAAUGCAAAAUUCAAAAUAAUGCUUACCUCUACCUCUAAAUUUUUCUAUUUAAUUUUCCAAAAAUGGCAAGAAAAAGUUUCACCUCUAAAAAAGAAAUCUUAUGUACUUAUGUAUUUUCUUAAACCAUACAUUUUGUUAGUUAAUGCAAUUAAUAAGGACCUGUCAUAAAUUUUAAGCAAACCUAUGAUAUUAAGCACCGACGCAUAGAAACAUACUAUCUUUAACAGCUCUUCGACUGCGACGAAAAAAAUCCUGCGACGGAUUUGCCUGUUUCAUAUUACGUAGGAGGGCAGCAUGCCGUUUGGGUGGAAACACAAUCUGGUGCAAAAAAUACGAAAUCAUAAGGGAUAGUAAACUUCUCAGGAGCCAAUGACAUGCGUAGAAGAUGUGCCGCAAAAAUUGUGUCGUUGUUACUGCCAAGGCGAAAAUGUAAUAUACUAAUUUCAAAUAAAUGAUCAUAAAGAUAAUGAAGGUGGUCGAUAUAAGAAAAAUAGUGGCAUAUGUUUAUUUUUAUCUGUGAAAAAAUAACUCAAAAGCUGUGAUUUGUACCUUAAUUUUUUCUUUUGGCAGAUGAAUCUAAAACAGAUGUGUUUGCAUGGAGAUAAUAAAACUAAUGCAUCCGGCUUCUGUAUUAAACAUGCAAAAUAUGCGCGAAACUACUUCUGUUUUUAAUUUUUCUUUAUUUUAUUUUACUUAUUUUUUUAAAAGAUCUCUUUCGGGAAAUUUGUAUUUUGGUUGAAUAGAGAACAAUGUUUUCAAAGCGUUGAUUGAUACAAAUAUUUUAAAAUCUUUAAUUUGAAAAAAAAAAAAAAAACAAAUAAAACAUUAAGAACGAUAUUGGUUACACUUUUAAGAUGGACUGAUUUUAAGUGGUCCCUUAAUUUAAUGCAUUUUGUCAAUAUGUGUAUUUUUGUACUUACCUGAACA